CAACAGGUGGGACACAUGGAGACGAUGUGGAUAGUUCUGCUUUUUACAGGGGGCGCGCUGACGCAGACCUGCAGGUUCCACGAUGUUUUGGAGCAUCUGAAUCUGACGAGGGACAGCGAGCUCUUCUACAUGACGCGCCCAGUCAACGACCACCGGGAGCCCACGCUGGUCACCAUGGAGAUGUGCCUCUACGCCAUACUGGACGUGGUGGAGAAAGACCAGAAGUUCAUCCCUUACGUCUGGACCGUCAUGAAGUGGCAGAACGACUUCAUCUGGUGGAACAAAGAUGAUUUCUGCGGCAUUGAUCAAGUGUCGAUUCCCACUGAGGUGCUCUGGAAGCCCGACAUCACCAUAGAGGAGAUGGUGGAGAAGGACAAAGCCCCGCCCAGCCCUCACCUGUUCAUCCGAUCCAAUGGAGAGGUGGAGGUCCAGAACGAUCAGGUGUUAGUCAGCACCUGCAGGAUGAGGGUGCACAAGUUCCCCUUUGACACUCAGAGCUGCAGCCUGUCCUUCAAGUCGGUCAUCCAAACAGUGGAAGACGUUCGGUUGGUGGCCAGUGAGAACUCUCGGGAGGCCACACAACAGUCUAUAGAAGUGAUGAGGAUUCAGUACGAGUGGCUCUUCAUCAGCAUCGACAUCACAAACACCACGACGGACGAGAAUCAGGACAAGGUCAUUUACACCGUCUACAUGAAGCGUCGCCCUAUGCUGUACAUUGUGAACUUCCUGGUGCCUGUCCUCUUCUUCCUCGGUCUGGACUUGGCCUCGUUCCUGGUGUCUCACGGAGGAGGAGAGAAACUCACCUUUAAAGUCACAGUUAUGCUCGCCAUCACCGUCCUUCAGCUCAUCCUCAACGAAAUCCUGCCCGCCUCCUCCGACCAGAUCCCUCUCAUCGCGACCUACUGCAUCGGGAUCUUCGGCCUGAUGCUGGUGAGUCUUCUGGAGACGAUCGUGGUCAUGUACCUGAUAAAGAAGGACGUCCACCCAGAGGCAGAGACAGAGGAAAAGAACGAGGAAGAGAGCGCGGGCUGUGUGACCGAGGACAGCAGGGAGCAUGGCGUGCUCAGCAGCUUCUUCCACAGAGGACGGAAUCACAACGGACGUAUCUACGACAGCUCGGCCGGAGAGGUCCCGGCUGGACUGAUGGAGGAAACGCUCUUUCACCAACACGCCACUCAACUCAGUGACCCUGGCAGUAAACCGUUAGACGAAGGCACCACUCUGGAGAAGAUCCUGGAGCAGCUGAAGCGAGUGGAGCGCUCUCUGCUCCAUCUGAGUGAUAAUCACGAGGACCCCGGAAAGUGGACGCAAUUCGCCAAGAAGCUCAACAAGGUUUUCUUCGUCGUGUACGUGGUGGUGGUGUGUGUGUUCCUGACUUAUAUCUACAUCGAGUGGCAGAAGGAUGACUAA